UUCCCGUGAUGCACUGCGCGAUUAUAAUGUGUGGCAGUUAUGUUCGAUAACGUACAUUAUCAUUUAUAUUAGCUUCCUAAACAUACGUGUUUUCCGGGAUGCUUCGGGUAUUGUAAAUAAAUUAAGCAUCAAAAAUUGGCUAGCUGAAAAAGCCCGGAGUUUAACGUUGUAACGUUAACCCGUAACUAAGGCAACCACGAAUAACAUGACUCGCUUGUGGGAGAAUAACUCAAAAACAGCACCCAUAUAGCUGUUUAGCUAGCUAGCUAUAUACAAGCUGUUUAGUUUAUGACUUACAUUCACUGCUUGCAGUAAUAGUUUAACGCUAACGCUACGUGUGUUGAUCAUGGAGAGACAUAAUGUGGGAAAAGAAAGGCUCGUAGUACCCACUGAUUUUACCUCACCAGCGGUUUCAAGUAAUAUCCAGGAAGAUCUGGUACCUCCAUCGCAUUUCGCGUCAAGUGUCCAGUCUGCUGGAGCACACAGAGGCGUUCAAAUCACAGGGACACUGCCACCCAUCUCCUGGAUAAACCCAGGUGUAACAUCAGUUCCAUCAGGGGAUCCCAGUCCUGCCAAUCCAUGGCUUGCCAUCACUCAGGCCCAACAGGAAAUAUUGGAACUGAGGAAGGAAAAUCAGAGAAUCAUGAUGAUACAAGGAGACAGCAUAAGAGGAAGGAUUCCAAUGGAUCACCCAUCAGACCAUAGGGCAAGAUGUGCAGAGAGACAUGAGCAGUGGUCCAGAUGGGAGUCAGAGUGGCGUCUGGAGGCAGAGAAGCACAAGGCUGAAGCUGAGAGGUUGAAGGAGCAGGUGGAGUCCCUGAAGGAGACUGCAGGGAGACACAGGGAAGAGAUGAGAGACAGAGGCAGCACUCAGAACAGACAGAGCCAUGAGUUGGAAGCAAUGCGUGAAGAGCUAUGUAAGGCUAAGACUGAACUCAGCCAAAUCAGAACGGAGCUCACUCACAGCAGUGCGGAAAAGGAGAAAAUAAGCUCACAGCUUGAUAGACUAAAGAGAGAGUCGGAUGAGGAAAUUACAAAGCUGAGGAGGGAUGUAGCGAGGAGCAAAGAGGAAGCCCAGGAGCUCGCUCUGAAGGCUGAAAUGGGCAGGUUACAAGCUGCGGAGGAGGCCAAACAGCAGACUAUAAGACUGUCAGAACAAUUGGAGAAAAUGCAGAAGAAGCAGGAGGUGGAGCUGCAACAGUUGAAUGCUUCCCACUGUGCAGAGGUGGGUGCAGCAAGAAAUACAAACAGUGAUCUACAGGACAGACUUCAGUCGAUGACUUCAGAAGUGCUGCAGCUAAAAAGCGCUCUGCUGGAGGUAUCUACUGAGAGAGACAGGCUAAAAGAACAUUUAAGCCAAAUGGGACAAGCUUUUGAGACACAAUCAACAACGCUGCACAGCCUCAGAAAUUACAUCGGCCAGCUUGCCCCAGAGAGAGAAGGAGAGAAGGAACAAUUAAAUAAAGCUGUUGAGAAGCUGAACACAGAGAAAGCAGCUCUUCAGAUGACCACAGAGCUUUUGACAGUCAGGCUCAACUCUGUGAGUGAGAUACUUGCCCUCCAAGAAGAGAAAAUAGUGAAGAAGUCCUCGGCAGACCCACUUGUGAAGAAUGGAUGUGAAGGUCUUCAAGUGCUUCAGCUCUGGAGAGACAAAGUAUUCAAGUUAUGCGUCCAGCUCCGCUCAAAGGACAUCGAACUAAGAGGAGAGAAGGAUAAACUUCUUUCAACAGUCAGAUUCAUGGAGCAGCAGCUCCAGCAGGAGCAGCACCGGGCUAAUGUGCUCCAACACAGUUUAGAUGACAAGAUAGCUCAGCUGGAGCUGGAGAGAGUGGAAAAGGAGACAUUGAUACAGGACAUGGCCCAGGAGCAAAAGGAAAACUCACAGCUAAAGUCACAGAGCCAGAAAGAAGAGGCUGAACUAAAAAUCCUGACAGAGGCCGUCACUAGGUUUGGUCUGGCAUUUGAAAGCAAGGUGGCAGAAGUAGACGCAGCUCAAGCAAGGCUCAACACUUUCACCCAGAGGCUAACUUUUGCUAAGAGACGCAUAGAGACUAUCCAAGGUUUGAUUAUGAGGAAGGUUGCUCUGCAGAAAGUUCAGCAGGCCAGUAAACAGACAGAACAAGCUGCUGACAGCCUCACAAACAUUCAGACAGAGCUUAGUUUGGUGUGCGAAGAGAGAGACAAGCUCACACAGGAGCUCAAAAGAACCCCGGAGCUCAUCGGGAAAGCUUUGGCUGAUCUGAAAGAACAAUAUGAAAGCAAACUGAGGCUUCAGCAGCAGCAGGCGCUGGAGCAGAACUGGGUGGAGGUCCGGCAGGCUGUGGCUGGCAGAGAGGAGGCCGAGCAGAGCCUGCAGCAGGUCCAGGCCCAGCUGGAGGAGAGCAAGGUCAACCUGGAGAAACUCCGCUCUGUGCUGCAUAGCCAGCAGGAGCACAGUGAACGUGCUCUGCAGGAGAGAGUGUCUGAGAUCGAGGACUCCUGUGCUAAAAAGCUAAGAGAGAUGGAGGUUCAAGUCAAUACUGCCACGAGAGAGCACACCAAAGCAGUUAUGACUUUGCGGCAGUUUGAGAGAGAGGCAGCAAGGAAACAGGAUGAGAUGAGAGAAACUCAACAACACACAAAGAGGGAAGUCCGGAAUAAGCAACUGAAGGAGAUGGAGAAAGACAAACAAAUACUGCUGGCCACUGUUGCUGAUAGAGGGCUGACAAGUGAGUAUACAAGAACUCACACAACAGCUCUACAAAACUCUGCUGUUCCCAGAAAACAUCGCGAAAAACCCUCAGAGAGCAGUCGCUCUGUGGGAACAGAAGUCCAAGUACCUGCAGCUGGGAGACUCCUGUCUGUUUUGGAGGAGCUCCAUUCUCUCAGUGCUGCUGUGAUAAACAGCUCUGAGGACUCUGCGGAGGAGGAGGGACAGAAUGACAGCGUGGGACCAUCCACUGGCAGUCUGCACAGCUGAUACCUCAUGAUGACUCACUCAGGAGCCAGUGAACACACCUUUCAUUUGUACAAAAGGUGGGCAGUGUUGAAAACCUACAUUCAGUGGAAACAAUUAGUUUGAGCCAAACAUCAGAAAACCACGCAUGUCAUAUUGCUACUGGGUGUAUAAGAAGAAUGAUAGCUAUGACACAGUAUGCUUGAAUAUAACACAAAUGUAAAUUUAAGUUUAUACAAUUCUUCCACUAUGUUUACAAAGAAUACUGGAAAUACAUUAAUGGACAGAUUUGACUCAAAAAGUGGUAUGAAAGGUUUAGAUGUUUAUGUGAAUAUCUAGGGUUUCAGUUGCAGAAUAAUCUGGUUUUUCACUCUUUUGCUUGGACUAAAUCACCUCACCAGUAAGACCACACUUUCAUAUAUUUUAGAUGGUUAAAUAAUAUUUUUCUGAAACUUGGCCCCAUAAUUGUUCCCAUUGAAUCAAUGAAAUGCUUUAAAGUUUAUAUUUUGACUGCAUGUAGAAUAAUAUAAUUAAUGACAAAUCACUGGACAGAUGAUGAAGGCUUCAAUAAAUGCAAAUAUGUGACUACUAGAUUUGUCAGUUACUGUGAGCUUUUUAGCAGGUAGCAAAGAAUGCUAAUGUGCAUGGAAGUCUGUUCUGUUGACUUUGAUCCUAGAAGUUUAUGUGAUUCUUCGUUACGUAGAAUUAUUUGUUAUGCAGAAACGUGUAUCUUACUUUUCGGUGUGAGUUAAUAAAGUAUUUUUAUAUUGCAA